AUGACAGGUGGGAUGGCUCUUGAUAACAUCACUGUGGACACAUCUGAUUUCCACAGCUCUGCCAACCAGAGCAGCUGCGAUGUGUUUAUCUACCAAAGUGCAGCAGUGGUACUCUUCCCUGUUUUCUACUCUCUGAUUUUCCUCAUCAGUCUAUGUGGUAACAGCUUGGUUCUCUAUGUGAUCUGCCAGAGGAAGCAAAAGUUCAACUCCACUUCCAUCUACCUGGUCAACCUGGCUCUGUCUGAUACUCUGUUCACACUGGCGCUGCCAGGCAGGAUUACCUACUACAUCCGCUGGUUUGAUUGGCCUUUUGGUGACCUUCUCUGCAGACUAACAGCUCUUCUCUUUUUUGCAAACACCUAUGCAGGUAUUGCCUUCAUGACCUGUAUCAGUCUGGACCGUUACCUAGCCAUGGUGCAUCCACACCGGCUACAGUGCUUGCGGAGAGUGAAAGUGGUGCAGAGGGUCUGCUGCCUGGUGUGGGUGUUGGUGCUGCUGCAGACAUCCCCAGUGCUGUUCAGAAGUUUGCUCCACCAACACCAGGGAAGACGAACUUGCAUGGAGUACCUAGACUUUGAAGGCUCCCCCUCCACUCCUUACCUCCUGCUUAUGGCCUGCACCAUGUCCUUCUGCUGUCCCCUGAUGGUCAUCAUAGCCUGCUAUGCCAAAGUCAACCUGAAGCUGCGAGCUGCAGCCAGGCAGAAUUCUCUGGCUUGCCGUUUUCGCAGGGGCCAUAGGGUCAACACCAUUAUCCUCAUCAUCCUCCUCACCUUUAUCAUGUGCUUCAGUCCCUACCAUCUCAAUGUCAUGCAGUUCAUGAUCAAGAAGAUACAUCACCAGCCAUCCUGUCAGGAACUCAGGGAUUUUAAGGUGUCUUUACAGGUUACAGUCUCACUCAUGAAUUUCAACUGCUGCUUGGAUCCAGUCAUCUACUUCUUUGCCAUUAAGACCUACAAGCAGAGAGUGAUGAGUCUGUUUAAGGACUAUCUGUAUGCCUCCGGCGCAUCCACUAAAAUGACCACAGAAAACAGCAGCAGCAACACCUGA